AUGGGUCACCCCUGGAUCUACGAUGACGAAGUGAGCAAUAUAGCGGACUUGAAUGGCAUUGACGCCGGCACGCUGGUGGAUAUCCUUCGCUGUGAUGGGGAAGAACUGGGAGUCGGUGUUCUCAACAGGCAGGCUUCCAUAGUGUUGCGGCGGAUGGAAGAUCUGUCCCCUGGGAUGGAGGUCACGCAGGACUUGCUGCAAGUUCGUCUUCGGAGGGCUUUCGCAGCCCGGGAGGCUCGAAAAGGACACAGAGCGGCUUUCUGCCGUGCUGUGCAUGGCGAGCAGGAUGGCCUCCCAGGCGUCAUUGUGGACCGCUUUGGGAAGUCAGCGGUGGUUAUCUUCGAAUCUGUGGGAUCCGCCAAGCUGGAGUUAGUGGUGCAGGAAGAGCUGACGCGAUGGAUUGGAAAGCUUCACCAACUGACAGUUCAUCGGAUGACUUCGAAAAAAGAGAAGUGGGCCCAAGAAGGCUCAGAAUUUACCACAAGCAUCACUCGGGGAGACAGUUCAAAAGUCCGCGUGGAGGAAGAUAACGGGGUUUGCUUCGAUAUCGACGUUCUGCAGGGCCUGCUGGUGGGACACUGGAACUAUGGUCUGGAAGACAUGAGAAGAGAGGUGGUAGAACGCUUUGGAGCAGGUACUGUCCUGGACGCCUGGGCACAAUCUGGGCAGUGGGGCAUCAGAUGUGCAAAGGCUGGAGCGGAAGAGGUGGUGCUUCUAGAAGACACCCUCGGACUUGCCAAACUUUGUCGAGAAAAUGCGAUCCUAAACGGAGUGCAAGAGCAGUGCACUGUGCUUCAUCGUGGAGACGUGGCUGGUGAGCUCCGCAAUAUGGCAACCAGCGGCAUCCGUUUCAACUGCGUUUCCCUCAACAUCAGAGUACGUUUCGAACGCUACUUCAAGCACCAGAGGGGCCAGUUUGGAAAAUGGUACAAGCCAAGCUUGAAAGGAUACGAGAGGGCCAUCUCUUUGGGAGCAACAGUGACUUCACGAAAUGGCUACUUGGUUGUGACGUUCCUUCUGCCGUUGACGACAGAGUAUUGGGCACUUAACUUGGUGCAAGGAGCUCUGGAGAGAGCGUCUCGCGUCGGGAGCAUCAUCUACUUUUCAACAGCCAUCACCGAGGACUCCGCUAUGCCCUCUGCAACAAUGGAUGAGUUCUGGAGCCACGUGCUGAUUUGCGUGAAGAUGAGCUGGAGCGACGGCGACGACAAGUCACUCCCCAAAAUCAACCAAAGCUGCUCAAGGAGGAGCUUCAUCCGAAAGCGCCUCGUGAGUCUCAACAGGCGCUUUCGCUCGGAUUUGCAAAGCACCGCAUUGGACAUGCAGCUCUUCGCAUCAGCUGAGAGUCGGAGCAUUCCCUGGGUGGUGAUGUUGCUCUUGGUGGCUUCUGCUGGGGUUACCUCAGCGGUGGCAACUUUGUGGGCGCAGGUCAGCCGAUCGCAAUCUCUGGAAGAACUCCAGGAACAGCUGCAGCGUUUCUGCUUCGUGGUUUCGGGUUGUUCGCUGACUUGGCCACAGCUGCAGGCUGGUGAGCUGCAGCGCCUCUUCACAGUGUCGCUCCUUCGUGCCGGCGAUCAGUCAGCAAGAUUGCUGACAGAUGUGAGCAUUUUCGUUUGCUGCGGAACGCUGUUGGAAAGAUUGUAUGGCUCGACGUUCUUGUUGCAGUUAAUACUGAGUUCAACAGUUCUCAGCAACGUCUUCGCGCUCUGCAUACAUCAGCACUUCACCGCUCCAAGCGGCGACUGUGCAGGCAGGAUUUCCUCCAGUUCUGCUGCGGUGGUGACACUGGGAACUUUUUGUGCCUUGCAGCACGGUCGAUGGGCAGCAUGGCGAGGUGUCCCUGUCCCUAUCGCUUGGUUAAUGGCUCCUAUCUUGGUUGCCGACCUCUCGUUGGCACAGAGCUACAUUCAUGAUCUUGCCCUACACAGGGCAGAAGCACGCGCCGCGCAGGAAACGCAGAAAGCGGAUCACCCUGACAGUUCAGGAAUCCCGCGGCCCAUCGCACUUGCUGCUUGCCUCGCUGUGGAGGAUGCUGCUCGAGCACACUUUUAUCCUCCUGCCGAAGACAUCGUGUCCUGGCGCAUUGACCUGGAGAGCGCAAUGGAGGAGGAUCCGCCUCCGUCGCCAGAG